AUGGAUGAAACAAGGCAACCGUUACUUUCAGAUCGACAAGAGGAUGAAGAGGAACGCGAGAUCUCUUCACCCAACGGAAGAGAUGUGUCCUAUCAUCGACCCGUCUUCGUCCAGCCGGGAAAAUUCACCUCACUUGAGAAACUCCUGUUUUUUGUUAGCUCCGUUUUGCUGAUUCUACUUUCUGUGUUUGCCGGUUUAUAUGCUAGAAGUGCUAUGGAGGGCAAACCUCCAGUGCCUGGUCCUCCCAAGUCAGAUCCCCCGACAGAAACUCCUCCGGCAGACGAAGUAAAGCAUAUUUCUCACGAGGUGUUUUUACACGGCCUGGCGAAAAACCACUUUUAA